AUGUAUUUGUUACAGUUCGGGAAGGAAGUUGCCGAAUUAAUCCAGUAUAUUACUAAAGGUGAAGAAGUUGGAUUAGCUUAUCAAUGGCUUAGCAAAUUGGUCGAUGGCUUUGGACAUCGUAUGGUUGGUUCCGAUAGCUUGGAAAA